CCGAUGACGUAGGAGUUGUUGUUUGGAGGAGCACGUGUGGCGCACGUUGGAACGAGUGCUUGUGCCGUGUUAUGGUCUCUGCUGGUACCGCUUGUGCAUUGCUUCGAGUUCGGUCGUUCGGUGUGAGCCUCAGUUAGAGAUAGCACAACAUGAGCCAUAUAUUAGUUAAAUGGGUGUCGUCGUCACAGUGGGAUGUGUACAACGUCCGAGCGAUUGUGGACACCAGUGUAAGCCUGCAACUGCUGAUGGACGCAAAUGCCAUUGUAAAUUUGCGCGGCACCGUGGUAGCCGUAAAUUGGAAGGAGGGCGAGCCGGCGGCAGACGCCGAGUUGCUGGACUUCGGGUUAGAAAGGACAAUGGAGCGCCGGCGAACAAAACUGGUGCGGUUGGCGAGCACGGCUUUGGACAGUGCCAAGGAGGUGCCUUCAGAGGAGAAUGCGCCGGACGAGGCUGGUGCUCAGUGUGCCUGCAGUGCCUCACAGCAGGUCAAAGAGCUUGAAGACGAGGUCAGGGAGCUACGCAAGCGGCUAACAGUUGCUGAAAACAUGCUUGACUCCUAUGACAUGGUAAAAAAGUUGAGGAAAAUCUUGAGGAAGACGGAGAAAGACCCAUCUCCUGCUGUUGAAGCCGAAAGGGCGAGUAUUCCUAAUUUUGAAAAUUUUUUGUUGUUUUUUCUUUUUGUUGCUUCUGUGGCAAGCUAUCUUGUGCAGCACAAUUGAUCUCAAGAUGCCAUAAACGUUACCUCUGGCUAUUGAAACUGUACCCAACGGGCUGUUACUGAGGCCUAAGCUUAGCAUGUUCACAUGCUGUGUGUGUUGCGCUACCAAUGAAAUAGGAGUUGCUGCCCCAGUCUAUCUUGAUCAGUGCACGGUUUUUGUGGUUUUUCCACAUAAAACCCUGUAAUGAUAUUUAUUUUGCCCAGUAUUUUUUUUUCAUCUGAACAUAGCAGCAUUGCUGAUCAUGGUACUUCAGCAGCACUUGCUGUUGGGUUAACUUGUGCAUGUUUUCUAUUGUUAAAGGGGUUGUGAAAAGAAAAUGAAGCUGCCCGGUUGUAAUUUCUUCUGCUCCAAUACAGAUUAGACAUGCCGAUUCCGAAAUAUUUUGCCGAUUCCGAAAUAUUUCGGUGCAAUAUUCAGUCUAUAAUUAAUGACGCCUGUUUGAACUC